AUGACCGAUAUUAUCGAUUUCAUUAGGCCCACUAAUGCCUUCGAGCUGGCGGCAUUCGCCAAGAAUCAUCACGAUACAUAUCCGUUCAUAGAGCCGAUGGGUACAGAGCUCUCUGGAAAGUCCAUUCUCAUUACGGGGGCUUCCAAGGGCAUUGGACUUGCCACGGCUGUGCGCUGCGCCAAGGCUGGAUGUGCUCAAAUCGCCGUCGCCGCUCGAUCUUCCCUUGAGAGCGUGGUCAAAGAAAUUAAAGAUGAAGCUGCCAAGUGCGGUGUCGAACUCCCUCAUAUUUUGCCAUUAUCUAUGGAUGUGACAUCGGAUGAGUCUGUCAAGGCUGCCAGCUUGAAGCUUGAAGCUGCUUUUGGGGGGGAAGUUAGACAUCCUCGUAAACAACGCAGGACUGUCAUCGAAUCCGAUCCAAUCGAAUGGUGGAAGGCCUGGGAAGUUAAUGUGAAGGGAACAUUUCUUUGUUGUCACUACUUCCUCCCGUUUGUUUUGAGCUCGGAUACGAAGAUAGUCGUCAAUCUCUCCUCAGUCGGGGCCCACACUUUGUCAUACGGCGCCUCUUCGUAUCAAACAUCUCGAUUUGCAAAUGUACGACUGAACGAAUUUUUGGCCCGAGACCACGAGGAUGAGAAGCUCAUUGCAAUCUCAUUGCACCCCGGUGGCGUCAAAACUGAUAUGGCAGCCAACUUCCCAGAGGUGCUUCACUUCUCGCUUGCGGAUGAGCUAGCACUCCCUGCCGAUACCAUUAUAUGGCUAGCGAAGGAGCGACGAGACUGGCUAAACGGGAGAUUUGUAUGGAGCAACUGGGAUCUGGAAGAGGUGGAGGGAAAGAAGGAUGAGAUCAUCGAAAAGGAUCUUUUCAAAUUCCGUAUGACCGGAUAA